CACAGUGUGGGCCCCGUGUGUAGAGGACUUGUACCCCAGGGCUGCCUGGAGCCUGGGGUGUCCCUGGAGCCAGAGCUUUAUCUGACAGAGGCCAAGGCUCACCGAUGUCAUCAGGCCUCUCCAUGACUGAAGCAAACCAAACCGAGUUCUCAGUGUACAACACCACCACGUCAACGACAGCCUCUGGACCAGGCACCGGAGGCCGGGCAUGGCCUGUGCUGGUAGGGGUUUUGCUGGGGGCGGUGGUCCUCUCCCUACUCAUUGCCCUUGCUGCCAAGUGCCACCUCUGCCGCCAGUACCGGGCCAGCUACCGGCAUCGCCCACUGUCCAGACCAGAGGGUGGGAACCGCCCACAGGUGGGUGAAGAUGAAGAUGAUGAUGGCUUCAUCGAGGACAAUUACAUUCAGCCUGGGGCUGGCGAGAUGGAGACUGCAGGGAGUCGGGACCACUUUUCUCUCUGAGCCCCAUCUUUGGACACUCCCCACUUCCCUCUAUGCCUGGCACUUUAGAGACAGCGAUGCCUCAAACCUCAGGGUCAGAAGUGGCUAAAACUUAAAGCUUGCCCAGGGGCUGUUUUCUGACACCAGUGUCAAAGUGACAAUUCUGCUUUUCAGUAACUCCCCGUGGCUUCCUGCUGUCCCAGGAUAAACCCUGGCAGGGCACGACUGUGGGGAAGGCCCCCACGUGCAGACCUCUUGGUUCCCUUUCCUCGCCUCCCUCCUCCCUGCCUUACUGAGUUUUUACCACAGCCGUCUGCUACUUGGGUGGCUUUGUUCUUCAUCAUGAUGGCAGCCCUGACCUAAAAAGUCCCAGGAUUUCACACAUGCCCCGGCAGGAGAAGACCUUGCCAAAUUUCUUACUGAAAAAUUUUU